AUGACUAGUUCAAAUACAGCAAUGGAUAACCAAGACGCAAAACAGAGUAAAGAAAAUAAUACAAAUUAUAUGGCCAGGACCACCAAGAGAUGGGUUGAACCAGGUAUUAGAUUAAGUCCGAAACAUUCAAAUAAUGGAGACGCUGUUCAUGAGCCUGUCUUCGAUGUUGAGGAUUUUAUUUCUCCAGGUCAACUAUACUCAACAGAAUCUGGUUGUUUAUUUCAUGCAGGUAGAAUAUUGAUCGUUUUAGUUGGAUUACCUGCAACUUCGAAAACUUUGUUAUCAGUAGCUAUAACUAGAUAUACAAGAUGGUUAGGUGUAAGAACUGAAUCAUUUCAUCUAUCUAAGUAUACUAAAACAAAUACAAACAUACCUUCUUUUCUAUCAGAUGAAUUUUCUACCGUUGAAGGUGCUGAAUUUAAAAAAGAGAUUAUUAAUAAAGUAACAAAUGAUAUGAUAAAAUUUUUUGAUAAUGGGAAGGGACAAAUUGCCAUAUAUGAUGCUCUGAAUAUUAGAAAAAGUGAAAGAGCUGAUAUUAAGAAGACUUUUGAAAAUAAUAAUGUUAAAGUUCUUUUCGUGGAAUCUAUUGUUACUGAUCCAAAUUUAAUGACAAAAAAUAUUGAAUUGGCAAUCCAAUCAGAAGAUUAUAAAAAUUGGGGGAAACAUGAGGCAAUUAAGGACUAUACGAGGAGAAUUACAGAUAAUGAAUCCUUAUAUGAAAGAAUGUCACCAAUUGAAGGUGUAUCAUACAUUAAAUAUUUGAAUUUUGGUGAAAGAAUUAUAAUGAAUAAUACUAAUUAUGGAUAUCUUGUUAACAAAAUUGUUUUCUUCCUAAUGAAUUUAAGUAAUAAACAAGGUUGUAUCUAUUUAUCCAGAUGUGGUAGAAGCGAUUCGGAUAAAUAUACGGAUGAUGAGGUUUUGAAUGAAGAAGGAUUAAAGUUUUCUGAGAUAUUAACAAAAACUGUGAUAGCUAGGGUUAAAGAAAAGGGAUUAGAAAGAAAGAAAAAGGCAAUGGAGUUUAACAAGAAUUCAAAAGACACAUCUGUAACUGCAGAUCCAUCUGUUAACAAUGACGAUAAUCUAAAUUCAGACUCCUUAGUUGUGUGGACUGCUGAGAGAAAGAGAACAUACGACACUGCAAAGUUUUUCAAAGAACAUGGAUUUGAUGUACGAAAAAGAUCACAAUUGAAACAAUUACACCCCGGUGUAGUGGCAGAUAUGACAAUGGAUGAAAUUAAAGAGAAAUAUCCAAAUGAAGUUGAAGAAUAUGAAAGGGAUCCUUAUCAUUAUCGUUUCUCAAGAGCUGAAUCAUAUCACGAUCUAGCUGUUAGAAUGGAACCUCUAUUAUUAGAAUUGGAACACAUGCAUAAUGAUAUUUUAAUUAUUGCACAUGAAUCUACUUUGAGGGUUUUAUAUGGUUAUUUUAUGGCAUGUACUAGUUUAGAGGUCCCAACGCUAGAUUUUACUAGACAUCAAUUGGUUGAAAUAUCAUUUAAUCCUUUCAACAACGUGGUGACAAGAAUUCCUAUUGAUAUUUAA